GGAAUGCAAAUGUGGGCGUGCACAAUCGGUGUCCAGAGGGUGUUAGUGUGCACAAGGGAGGAGAUUCAGGCAAGCGAGCUGUAGAGCUGUGAGAAAAGAGAUUCCUUUUGUGUUGAUUAAACAUCAGUGACAUGAAACAAGAAACAAGUGUGCAUUCUCAGAAAUGAGUAAUUUGUCAUUGGAGGGCAUCUUCAAAGCAUUUUGUUAACAGACUGACUGGCUGGAGGCUGAACAUCCUGACUGCUCCAAAUAGUUUUACAUCAGCAGACUUGUGACCAUGGCAACAAAGCCCGUGGCCUGGCAGGAACAGGGUCCUGUCAACCCACUAGACGAGUGGGUCAAUGACUUCUUGGUGCACGGUGAAGUGGGUGCAACCAUAAGUCACUCCCAUCACAACUCCUCACAACUGCGAGACAAAAAGGCUCCCAGAGCAGAACCUGAAGAGGACAUAGACGCCCUGGAUCCUGGAGCUCGAGACCAAACCCUCCAAGAGAACCAAACGCUCUCUAUAACCGAAACAGUUGAUGCAACCAAAUCGGAAAAUCAGGAAUCAACGAGAAUUAGUCUGUGCAUCCCAAGGGAGACACAAGACAUGGUGACAGACUUAGAACAAGUUGCCCAACUAUCAGAAGCAUUACAGGCUCAAGAGCAAUCUGAAAAGUCUGUUGAUUCAUGUGAGGAUGCUUUGCCACCUCCUCCUCCCCUCACUGCUUCAUCAACAGAGGAAUGCUUUGAGAAAGAGAGACUUUCCAGCUUAGAGGGGGAGGUGGCUGAGUGGAUCAGUGAUGCUGAGAUCAUGUCAGACCCAACAGAAGACAUUGCGUCCCCUGAUAGCCAGAGUAGUCAAGAAUGGCAACCUCUUCUCACUGAGCCAGUAAAUAGAGAGGUAGAUUCAUCCUGUGAGAAAAUUAAGGGACAUGAUAUGACAACAGAGAAGAAUGGCAUACAGCUGAACCUCUCACCAGAUGGUUUUGACAACAGUAAACCUGAAAAUAAUAUGUCAGGGGAUGCAGCUGCUGGAAUAAAUUCAACUUCUCAUCAUUCUCCAUCUGACAGAAACAACUCAGAUGAUGUAUAUACGGUUUGCUCUCCUCCUUUUGCUGAUGAAAGUGAGGAAGAAGAGGAAGUGAGCAUGAAUAUUAUGUCUUGUCAGCAGCAAUGGACUGCACUAGAUAUCAGAGGCAAGCCUUUCAAACCCUCAUAUUCUGCUGAUAUUUCAGUUUCCACUGAACAAGACCGAACCUCAACCCUGGCUGCAGUUCCCUCAGCCAAACAGCAGAAGGAGCUAUUGUCCAAGAGACAAAGUGAACUUGCCCCCAGGGGAGCAAACCAGGAAGCUGCACAACAGGUGCUCGGCCAGAGCUUUUCACCUUUGUCUACCGUUGCCAUGGAGCUGUCCAAUCAGGGCGGGGCAGCUUCUCAAAGCUCUGGUUGUGUUGUAGCUGUGAGAAAACGGCACAGCAGGGCAGGGGAAAGGACAGAGGGAGAAAGCAAGCAAACAGGUAGAGAGGGAGGACAGAAAGAGAGAGAGAGUGGACUCGAAAGAAACAAGGCAGUUGGGCAGAAACACGGUGGAGGACUGUUGACAUUUUUAAAAACAGUCCAAACACAAGAGGUAAAGACAAAAAAACACAGCUUUGUGUCUUCUAAACACACCAGGAUGGAAAGUGACUCCUAUGAUGAUAGCCAGAGUGACAGUGGAGUUUCAGCAGACUUCUCCCCAUGCAGCACUUUGGAGGGUAACACCAUCUCUACAGGCACUCCAGCAGCUGUACCCAAAGAGACUCCCAUUGAGAGGGAGAUCCGACGGGCUAUAGAGCGUGAACACAGCCUGAGAAGGUCUAGAGGGCUUCCGAAUCCACCCACUUCGCCAGAGUAUGUAGACAUCCCUUUAAGGAAAACUGUUCUCUGCCAGCCGAUAAAUGCUCAGUCUGAGAGGUGUCAAGGUAAAGACAGGCAGUUUGCAGGCAAGAAGAUGCAGCAUGAGAUCCAUGAGGAGGCCCAGAGGGAACAGGAUCUGGUCAAUCUUGGGAAAGUUCCAGGUUUCUAUGACAAAGGCACUGUACGCCAAGUCAAGGAGAGGAAACAGCUUUUUGAGGCCUUUCAGAAACCCAAUGACUCAACUUUGACUCUGUCAGCCAGGAGUAAGGCCACGUCCUGGUCCUCUGCUAGUGACAUUUCAACCCUGGAGAACGAGGACGACAUGUCAUCACAGGCAUCCACCAUAGGAGGCUCAUAUGAGGAGAGGAUUCCCACACAGAGCCCAAACCUAGGAGGGAUUUUCACUUCUUUGACCCCCCGAGGACCAGGUUUCUCUGAGGGGACAGCCUGUCAGGUCAUCAUCCUAGAGAACAAUCUGAGUGUCCCAGCACAGAAGCUCUACCACGUCAAACCAGAGGCAGAGCCCUUCACUGUAGUCGACUUAAGUCCUAACAUCUCAUCAUCCAGGACAGAAGGACAUGGUGGGAUUAAAGUGAGAGAGCAGGAAAAGGAGGAGGAAGAGGAGGAGGUGACACCCAAGGAGAACCCCUUUUUCAAACUGCGCACCUCAACAAAUGUAGUCAAAGUGGAGCAGGACAUCCGGGAGGCUCAAGAGAGGGAGAAGGAGCUUCACAGGCAGAGGAUCAGUCUGUAUGGGGGUACAGAGGGUGCAAAAGGAGGGGGAGGAGGAGGAGAGAGGCCAGUCAGCACAGAAGGAAAGAGUCCCACUUUGUCUUCUUCUUCACUGAGUGGACUGUCUGUUCCUGACUUACCUGGCUCAUCAUCCAGAGGGGGAACUAGACCCACAGCAGCACGCCAGUCAGUUGGCAAGUUCGGCAUGUGGCCCCCUGCCCAGGCUGAGGAGGAGAAGAUUAACCAGCCAGAGGUCCUCCAGAGUCCCCGGACCCCCAGACACAAGACCCCUCUGGUACAACGCUGGGAGUCUGGUCUAGUCAACGGGCACAACAUAGAAGACGACUGAGGAGACGUUGACAGGGCGUAACUGAAGGAGGGAGGAAGGUUACCAGAGACCUGUAGUUUUUUGAAAUGGAGGGCUGAAAGACUGUGAGAUAAAAAGAAAAGCAGUGUAAGGAAAUUGGGAGCAGACUAAAGGAGGGAGCGGUGAUGAAGUGGAGGAAAGAGAGAAUGUGAAGUGAGAAAGAGGUCAGGGAUUGAGGCUACAAAGGGGGUCAGGAGGAUUGGGAGCAAGGAAAAGGAUUGGCGGUGGACUGAAAACCCUGAAGAGUCCUUCAUCGAGGAGGAGAGAAAAAGAAGGAAGAGGGCCACGUUAUUAGUGGAUAAGCACUUGGCCUGUUUCUGGUGCUGUAAAACUCUGAGACUAAUGAAUGUAAAAAGGCAAAACAAAAUAAUAACACUGCACUGGUGAAAAGAAAAAAAAUUAUUAAGAAUGGGAUUUUAAAACUUUAAUGAAGUUCUUAACCAUUGGAUUUUUUGAAUAAUAAUGAAACGUUAUUUCUUGAUGAAAAUAGAUUGAGUGGUACAGUAUCUAGCUAGAAAAAUUAUGUGUCAUCACCAGUUUUAUGCCUCUAAUAAUGUCUCACACUGAGUUACUAGUUUAUUACACCUGUACAAUCUAAUGCAAUCCCAUACAACAUCCAUGCAAUAAAUCCUAUCUUUGUGUA